AUUGUGGUGGGGAAGCCUCGUGGUAACCGCGGGUUGUCGCGUACAAGACGCGGCCUCUCCGUCGUAGCAGCGCGCGAUCUAGACGAGGGAGAACCGCUCUUCUCCCUCCCCCCCUCCGCCUUCAUCUCCCCAGAACAACCUAUCACUCUCCCCUACCCGUACCCCCUCACGCCCGACGUCUCGCCUCUCUCCGGGUGGACGGCCUUCUCCAUCCUGGCGGCGUGGAUUCUGAGGGAGAAGCGCAAGGUGGAGAGCAGUGAGGGGUCGCAGUGGGGCGUGUAUGUGCGCUCGCUGCCUGAGUACGUGCCGCUGCCGGUGUUUUUUCCAGACGAUUUGAUUCAGGAGUUUGAAGUGCAGAGCAUGAUCGACCAUGCCUUCUCCUACCGAGAAACGUUCAAGUCAGAGUACGAGCGGUGUGACAAGGCAGCUAUCGCCAAUGCGGAGCUGUUUGACCACCACGCUGCCAACACCAUGGGCUGGCAGACGGACGAGCAGACCGACACCAUCGUCGUUCGGAGCUACGCCGCCCUGCCAGCUGGCGGCCAGCUGUACAACAGCUACGGGACAAAAAGCACCGACAUGUUCCUGCAGGUGUACGGCUUCGUGCCGGCCGACAACCCGCACGACUCGUUCCAACUCACCGCCUCCGAAGCUGACCUGGCAGAGAUAUACUAUAAGCACUAUGCGAACGUGACUAUAAAGGAGGGGAGAAAGGGCAUGUUCGACCUGUGGGCGGAGUAUCUGCUAAGGAGGACGAGCGAGGAUGUGAGGGCAGCGAAAGAGAAGGUGGAGGAGGAGGUGGGGGUGAUUGGCGGGCCAAAAGCAGAUGUGUUUGGGGAGGGCAGUGCGCAUGCGGUGUGGGCAGGAGGGCAGGUGGACCCGCGCAUGCUCCUCUUCCUCGCGUCGCUGUGGCACGUGUUUGGCUACGGGGAAGGUUUGGCCCAAGCCUCAGUGUGGUUCGGCUGGCACAUCUACAGUGGAACAUGCGCUGACAUGGCCCAAUCCAUAGGCCUGACCGACCACGAGCUCACGAGCCUCCUCGCCGCAGCUGAUCUGGUUCGGGAUGAGGUUCGGCAGGCCCUGGCGAGCUGCUCCACGCCUAUCGACGAGGAUCGGCGACGCCUGAAGCAGCUGGAGAAGUGCUGGUGGGUGGAUGGGAAGAUCGAGAAGGAAGAUGGAACGGAGGAAGAGGAAAGAGAGGAAGUGGGAGAAGGCGAGGAAGGGGAAGAGGAGGUGUGCACAAAGGACGUGGUUCAAUCACUCAUGGAAAGGGAGCUGGUGCUACAGUACCGUAUUGCAAAGAAGAAGUUGCUGCAUGAAGUUUACGAUCGGCUAGAGGAGGGGUGCUCGUCUCUCUUGCAGUCAGAGUCUCCAGAAUCUAAUUCCGCAGAGGCGGCAUCAGAAGGGUUGAAGGGAUUGUUACCAGAGCUGACUGUGUCGGCUCCACAUUUGCCUGCAGAGCAGCAUGACGAGCUUUAG